UAUACAAACAAAUAAUAGUAUAAUUAAAUAUUUAAAGUUAAAAAAAUUAAAGAAAAUACCUUAAAGAAGGCGAGCAAGGCACGCCUGGGGUAGAGGAGGCGAGGGAAAACGACGCAAGACACGGGGCCUAGGGAAUGUGGCAGCAGGGCACGAGGCGGCAGCAAGCACGACAACGGCGAGCCUGGGAGUUGACGACGACGAGGCAAUAGCAACGGCGAGGCGACGACGAUGGUGAGGCUAGGCAACAACGGAGAGAGUGAGGUGGACGAGGGCAAAGUGGAGCAGGGCACGAGGCAGCAGCAAGCACGACGACGACGAGGCUGGGAGUUGACGAGUGUGAGGCUAGGCAACAACGGCGAGGGUGAGGUGGACGAGGGCGAAGUGGACGACUGCGAGGAAGAAGACUGUGAUGGCGACAACGAGGCGGAAGACGGGGAGGAGAUGGGCAACAACAAUGGCGAGGAACACAGCGAGCACGACGAAGAAGGGUUUGGAGGUUUUUUUUUUCAAAAUCGCAUUCGGAUCAGCUUCAUGGUUGCAUCCUCUUCUCUAGAUCUGAGCAUGCCCUCAUUUCGCUUGCUCUCUGAUAGCGAUGAGAACCAACCUAAGCCUCAUCUUACUCAGAAAUCUUUGAGCAAGCGCAAACGAUCCAUAGCUGCCUUGAAACGUCAUGUUGAUCCGCUUCCAUCAAGUUCAUCUGACACUGAUCCUUCGUGGAAUUUCUGGAAAAAAUACCUAGGGGGUGAGCAUCUCCCAGAUGGAAUUGAGUGGGGAUCAGAUCUGGAAGAAGAUUCAUCAGAUCUUGAGUCUUCAUUCAACACUGAUGAGAUUUGAGAAAUGAGCUCGGAAACAGAGGUGUUGUUGUCCGAGCCAGUAGGAAGUCCAUCCAAAAUUGAAAGAUAUAAACAGAGUAAUGUUCU